UGGGGAGGGGUGGGAACGCCUCCCGCGAACCCCGCCCCGCCCCGCCUUCGGGCCCGCCGGGCCAGGAAGCGCGGAAGGAACCGCCGGGGGCCAUGGACGGGGCCGUGAUGGAAGGGCCGCUGUUUUUGCAGAGUCAGCGUUUCGGGACCAAGAGAUGGAGGAAGACCUGGGCGGUUCUCUACCCGGCCAGUCCCCACGGUGUCGCGCGGCUCGAGUUCUUUGACCACAAGGGGUCGAGCUCUGGAGGUGGCCGAGGGAGCUCGCGCCGCCUGGACUGCAAGGUGAUCCGGCUGGCAGAGUGUGUGAGCGUGGCCCCCGUGGCGGUGGAGAGCCCCCCUGAGCCUGGCGCCGCAGCUUUUCGCCUGGACACCGCACAGCGAUCCCACUUGCUGGCGGCCGACGCGCCGUCCAGUGCAGCCUGGGUGCAAACGCUGUGCCAAAACGCCUUUCCGAAAGGCAGCUGGGCCCUGGCACCUGCCGAGAACCCACCCAAGCUUUCUGCCCUGGAGAUGCUGGAGAACUCGCUGUAUAGCCCCUCCUGGGAAGGAUCCCAGUUCUGGGUGACGGUGCAGAAGACUGAGGCCGCUGAGCGCUGUGGCCUGCAUGGCUCCUACGUGCUGAGAGUGGAGGCGGAUAAGCUGACUCUUCUGGCCGCGGGGGCCCAGAGUCAGAUAUUGGAGCCACUCCUUUCCUGGCCCUACACUCUGUUGCGUCGCUAUGGCCGUGACAAGGUCAUGUUCUCUUUUGAGGCUGGUCGCCGCUGUCCCUCCGGCCCUGGAACCUUCACCUUCCACACGGCACAGGGAAAUGACAUCUUUCAGGCAGUCGAGACUGCUAUCCACCGACAGAAGACUCAGGGGAAGGCUGGCCAGGGGCAGGAUGUUCUCAGAGCUGAUUCCCAUGAAGGAGAAGUGGCAGACGGGAAGCUGGCUUCCCCCGCGGCCCCCCUGGAGCUCCCAGGCAGCCCUCCAGCCCUGUAUGCUGAGCCCUUAGACUCCCUGCGCGUUCCUCCAGGCCCGGGCCAAGAUGCUCUAUACUCAGACCCCGUGGACAGCACCCCUGCGUGCGCAGGCGAGGGGACACAGUUAAAGAAAGCUCUCUACUGGGACUUGUGUGAGCAUGUGCAGCAAAAGCUGAUAAAGGCCAAGUUGACAGACCCUAAAGAAGACCCCAUUUAUGAUGAACCUGAGGGCCUGGCCCCAGCCACUCUCCGGGGCCUUUAUGAUCUGCCUCAGGAGCCCAAGGAUGCAUGGUGGUGCCAGGCUCGGGUGAAGGAGGAGGGCUAUGAGCUCCCCUACAACCCUGCCACUGAUGACUAUGCUGUGCCACCCCCUCGGAGCACAAAGCCCUUCCCAGCUCCCAAGCCCCAGGGCCGGGCCUUACCUGAAUCUGGUGCUGCAGCUGGCGGUGGCAGCCAAGGCCAUAGCUCAGACACUGCCCUGUACAGCCAGGUCCAGAAAAGCGGGGCCUUGGGGAGCUGGGACUGUGGGCCUCCUGGAGUAGGGACUGACAGGACUGGGGCCAAGUCAGAGGGUUCCACGUGAGAAAUAGGGCGAAGCUGAGGUUGCUGAUAGGAGGACCAUGGGGAAGGGGCACGGGAUCAAAGGAACCUGUUAGAGCCAGCAGGCACCAGGGGGCCUGUGUGCAGAGACCGGGAUGCAAGGGGGGCCAAGGCAAGGAUGAUCUGUCCCAAGAAGUCAUGGAAGCGGGACAGAGUCACAAAGGGCUCAGGGAUGGGGGCUGGGGGAGGCCAGCACCUCUAAGUCAUCCCCACCAAAGGAAGGGAUAGCUGCCAGAGCAGAACUGUAGAAAAGGGUAUUUGAUCAGAGGCGGUGUGGUUUGAGAGGCUUGUAUGGAAGUAAAGGGUGAGCUGUGUCUGGACCCCUCCCCCUUCAUUGUUCUUUACCAAAUAUAUACAUAUAUAUAUAAUUUUUUGGGGGGUAAGUUUUAUUCUCAUUAAAGUCAGUUUGGAUUUA